GUCGCGAAUUAUUAACUUUUGAGGACAUAUUUAACGGUUAGAAUACAUUUUUAAUUACGACUAAAUAAUAUUUACUAAUAUUUAAAAAUUAAUUUAGCUGAAAAUACGCAAGGUUUUAGUGAUAGUGAUAGUGAUCAAGCUAACAUUACAAUCAACAGUUAACAGACUAACAUUUCAAUCAAUAGUAUACAACCGGUUAGCGUCCUGAAUUGCGAGUGUAAUACAGUAACGAUCGAUUUUACAGUAAACGGUGUUCGGUCUUCGUAUACAAGCAGCAAACCUAUUGGUAUAGUUAAACCCGUUAGACGACGAAAUAGACAUUAAUGACGAGUGACAAGAGAAAUAUUUUGGCUUAUUCAAAAUUGAGCAUUAAUGCUCAUUCUCCAUCUAAAUCGAGUAUGUUCGCUGCUGGGUAUGACUUGAAAAGCGCACACACUUAUACAGUGGAGGCACACGGAAAAAAACUAAUAAAAACCGAUCUCCAGAUAAAACUUCCUCUCGGGACAUACGGACGGAUUGCCCCGAGGUCUGGGUUGGCGAGCAACAAUUUUAUCGACGUUGGAGCAGGUGUUAUUGAUGGGGAUUAUAGGGGAAACAUAGCAAUUCUCCUAUUUAACCAUUCCGAUGUGCCUUUUAAUAUUAAUCCUGGUGAUAGAGUUGCGCAAUUAAUAUGUGAAAAAAUUACAUAUCCCGAAUUGGAAGAACUUAUGGAUUUGGAUGAAACGGAUCGGGGUGAAUGUGGCUUCGGGUCAAGUGGAAUCAAAUAACUGCUCGCAAAUUUUUUAUUUUUUUAUAAUGUGUACAUUCAAUAAUUAUUUGUUUAUUAUUAUUUAGGAAACAUUUUUAUUAUUUAGGAAACACUAUUAUUUUUUUUGUUAAGUAUAUAGGAGCUAUGAUGACCAAACAGUUGAGAUCAGUCGUGUCAGGAUAACAUUGAUCUAUUCAGCACUGAGAUGUAUUGUAUCUAGUUAAAAAUAAUUCGGUGAGUUAUUUUUAUCUGGACAUAAUAUAUUUCAAUGUUGAAUAUAUAAAGUUAACCUCACUCGUCCGAUCUCAACUAUCGAGUCAUCGUAGCACUUAUAUCCAUAAAAUAUUAUUAUACGUCAUUAUUGUUA